GGUCUGUUUUAUAGAAAAAAGCAAAAUACAGAAAGAUAGGCGGGUUACUUUUUAAAACAAAAUUUAUAUUUUUAAUAAAAUAUAUAUUUUAACAUAAUUUUCUUUUAUUGAUAUGUUUUCAAAUACUGUUGCAGAAAAAGUGGCCAUGUCAGAAAAGGGUAAAUGGGAAGGUGUCAGUAUUUAGAUUUUGGUAGCGCUUUAUAUGAGAGUGCUGUAGGAAUUAAUGUUUCUGUUUUCAUUAAAUUUUGCCCUUUAGGUAUUCAUGGGGAAGGAUCGACCUUUAUGACGCUCUACGGGAUUCUGAUGUGGGAUAUCAUUUUCAUGGAUGACAUACCUGACGUUUUCAGAAACGCCUAUCAGACAUUCCCCCUGGAUUUAUACACCGACAGCUUCUAUGAGAACAGGAGGGAUGUCAUUGAGGCCAGACUCCAGCAGCUUCACACGGCAUCCUCGGAGACACUGACAAAGCUGAUCGCUGACAUCUGGACCGCUCAGGAGGGCAAAGCAGCAGCUCUCGUUAGCUGGGGGCGUUUUGCUUCCCUCCAGCAAGUCCAGAGCCUCGUCUCUUGUCUUGGAGGAGCAUUUCUGAGCGGUAUUUUUAGACGACUUUCCAAAGAUCUACGCCACUGCCGAGGGGGCCUCCCUGACCUGGUCGUGUGGCGUACUCACACAAACCACUUCAAGCUGGUGGAAGUGAAGGGUCCCAAUGAUCGCCUGUCCCCCAAGCAGAUGAUCUGGCUGAGUGAACUGAAGCAGCUGGGUGCUACGGUUGAAGUUUGUCACGUGCGAGCCGUUGGAGGCAAGAGCAAACGCCUCAGCUGACAACAGAGGCCUUUCGUGGUCACACAGGUAACCUGGGUGUCAUUAGAGGAACCGGCACAACACACACACCACGGGCUGCUGCUUAUUAAAGUAGUUUCUUCUAAAAUACUGGUUUCUUGGAACAUUACUGUAGCUAUUUAUAGCACAAAACAUGCUAAAAAAGGGAUGAGUG